UUUGGGACAGCUUCACACAACAUCUCUUUUGCCGCAACCGGGAAACUACUUAAACUGCAACUUCUCUACCAAAUAAUUUUAACAGAUACAGUAAGCGUAACGCAUUCAGACAUGGAGGACCAACAAAGAUAUCGCCACUAUUCUUUCUGUCACACCUGCUCAAGAAUAGAAAACAGAAGAAUUAAGAUCAGAAGAACGCCCUCCUCGAGUCGAGUGCUGAUGUUUAUGAUGGCACUGGCGCUGUACUUCGUUGAAAUGGCUUCGGCAGAGACGCUGUGUGGCGGAGAACUGGUAGACGCACUGCAAUUCGUCUGCGAAGACAGGGGCUUCUAUUUCAGUAGGCCACCCAGCAGGGCAAACAGCCGGCGCGCCCAGAAAGGAAUAGUGGAAGAGUGCUGUUUCCAGAGCUGUAACCUGCUGCUGCUGGAGCAGUACUGCGCCAAACCUGCCAAGUCAGAACGAGACGUCUCCGCCACGUCUCUCCACGUCAUACCCGUGUUACCGCCUCUAAACAAGGACAUCCCAAGGAAGCCUCUGACCGUGAAGUAUUCCAAAUACGAAGUAUGGCAGCGGAAGGCCGCACAGAGGCUGCGGAGGGGUGUCCCCGCCAUCCUCCGGGCCAGGAAGUUCAGGCGACAGGCGGAGGACGUCGAGGUGCAGGAGCAGGCCGACUUCCACAGGCCCCUGAUCACCCUCCCCAGCAAGCUCCCGUCGGCCACGCUGGCCACAGAACGCCACAUCAGCCACAAAUGAAACCGGGGAUUGCUUGCACAGACAAGAGCUGGAAAAAAAACAAGGGGAUUAUAGCUUUGCUUCUGACGUCAUUUCUGUGGCGGUCCUCUAGAGCGCCUCCCCUCCACCUCUCUUCCACUCAGACAUGCACACGUGGUCCUGUCUCAGCUCUCUCUCUCUCUCUCAUAAUCUCAAACACAGACGCACACAAAUGAUGUAAAAAAAAGUGUCAACAAUUAGAAGGAAGGCAAUUCAGGUGGAUCCUUUAAAAAAAGACAAAAAAGGAAAGAAGAAGGAUGAAAGAGAUUUAUGGCUUGGCAAAUGCUGAAGAGGAAGGGGACACAAGGCAAAACGGCUUUCAUUUGGGGAAGAAAACAAAACGUGAACAACAGCAAGCAGAGAAAACUUCAUUCCAUGCCAAUUUCCUGAGAUCAAGAGCAUCUCUCUUUAGUUCAUUUCUUAAUAGUUUGCACCUGUAACUAUACAGAGGGAUAUCCACACUGUAAGGAAUUUGUUAAAAUUAGAUUCCUGUUCCAGCACCUUUUAAUCACAAACAAAAAAAGCAGAAAUAAAAGUCUGCAGAUUGCACAUUGCCACGGAUUACGUCAAAGUUUUUAAGUAAAGAAAAAAAGGCACUAUUUUUUUAUGAACAGUGAACGUGUAGCUCAAAAAAUGUCAUGGUGCUACCUUUGGGAAUGGACUCAAAGAAGAGGAAGUUGAAAAUGCACGCUUUUUGUUUCUUUGAAUAAUUAUUAAAACUUUCCGUUUUAGGGAAAGUGUGACUUUAAAAAUAAAAAAGCGAAGAGAAUUGCUCGGUUCUGGCAGUGCGAAACUGGGAUGUCACUGUCUGCAGAUAUGGCAGUGUACCACGAUGCAGUAUCCAAGCCAUGGCGGCAGCAGGUAGAUGGAGAAUAGCCUCCGCGCCAUCAGAAUGCUGCCAUGGUUCUCCGAAGGGGAGCAGUUUUGGUGACGACAAAGGGAUAAUGUGGACCCCUGGAUCACGAGCCCACUUCCUGUCUGCCUGUGCACCACUUCCUGUCUGCCUGUGCACGAACACUGUUUUGUGCCUGAGAAAGUGAGACACUUUGGGCACAGAGCAAGUCUGAUGUUUUUGUUCUUUUUUUUUUUUAAAAGAUGUUUUGAGACCCUGUCAGAUUGUGUUACCGUGACAUUCCUGUUUGCAAGAUAGACAUUUUUUCUGUUUCUUUCUGUUAUUUUUAUUGAUGUUGUUAUAUUAUUUUACAUUUCCUACAAAAAGGCACAAACUUCAAGUCAAAGGGAAAAAAACAGCAAUAAUGUCGACUAACAUUUUGUUUUUUAUAGUGUAUCGGUAGUAUUCACAUGCUUUUGCUUGAAAACAAAUACUUGAAUAUGUACUAUCAGUUUCCAGGGACAUCAUGUUAUUUUCUUUUAGUCGGAGCUGUAUCUUGCAAAAUGAGCCGCCAAGCUUUUUUUGUUGUUUAAAUACAAAUAAUGGCACUGUAUAAAGGCAUUAUUUAUUUUGUUAUAAAAUAUAUAUGAAAAUUUGUCCAAAUAAUAUACUUAGCACUGAUACGCAACUGACAGACUUAUUUUGUACUUUCUCUUUUUGCUUGUCAUGCGUUUUGUAGAUGCUUUGUACCAAAAAGAAAACAUUUUCCUUUUUCCUUUUCUUUUGCCACCAAGUUAAGUGAAAUGAAUAGCUGCAGUAGCCUGGAUUGCUUUGGCAUGUGAUGUCACAAAAUAGGCACAUAUUCUAAACACUCUCCUUCCCCUGGCUUUUGUCCCCAAAAAAAGGUUCUGUGUGAAUUAAAAAAAACGGCAGUGUUUGAGAUUGCCUGAACACACACAUUGGGUUUAUCGAUGUCUGCCCUGGAGUAAGCCACUUUAGUAUUCAUGUUUGUGGAAGAUGCAUUUUAUGCAAGCAUAGGCACGUGUGCAUGACAAACAGUUGAUGCUGUGUAUCUGUGUGUCUGAUCUGGUGUGUCUGGUCUGGUUCAGAAAAGGGGAGGGGGGUGGAUUAAUGCUCUUUUUGUCUCCAUUUGAUGUUGGGAGCAGUUUUUAUAAUGAGCAGGUCAGUACUGUGGCAGACUGGUCAUGCAUUAUGUGGGUGUGCUGUCCAGCAGAGCACUGCUGUUAAAGUAUGCUGUUAAAGUGACUCAGAAAGUUAUGGUCACCAUGUGUCUGCCAUCAGAGCCAUAUAUAAAAAUGAGAGCCAUUCUGUUGUGAUAUCUGAUAUAUGCCAUUCUUUCUUUACAAGGUGACCCAUACACAAAUAUUCUUUUCUCUCUCUUCAUAAGUUGGCUCAUAUCUGGCCAUACAUGAUUCCUAACAUACAAAUUACACCAAAAUUCCCCCACGUCAUGUUCCGUUGUCGACAUAUAUUUGAUGAAAUACAACCAUGGGGAAACAUCUACUGCGGUUGAAAAUACUCAGGAAAAGACAUGGUUAAUAGAUGAAAUGUAGUGAGGAUGGCUCAACGCCCUCUCUUGGAGUGUGUGGAUGACAGAGACUUCCUGGUUAGAGCUCACCGCGUGCAUCCCCCCUCCACCUGCCCAGUCCUCUGAUCUGAUCUAAUCUGGUUGCACCUGUGCCCAAAAUGUGUUUUCUUUUUUCUUUGCACACCUGCCACGUGAAGCGGACCUUGCUCAGUCCCUGCGGCCAAUUCGGGACAGAGGUAACGCUUAUGUACAGCCAAUGUCCUCUCGGCCUGCUUGUUUCUGCCCCCCCCAACCCCCCCCCAGACUGUGUUUGUCGGUGAGAGUGGGCUAGCGACAUGAUGCUCGUGUACCAGGAUGCUACUGCAGCCAAAUGGCACCAGCGGCUCAGAGGCCUGCUGCUCUAACUGUUGGACCUCCAUGUGUCCGUGCGCAUAUGUAGUACUGGUGUCUGCCUCUUUUUUGUUUGAUUGUUUGAUUUCAGUUGUGCCACAAAC